GAGAUUUUGCUAUCUUGGGGACGUAUUUACAACCGACCUACAGAUGACGAGCGGGUUGCGCAGCCGCAUUUCGAAGGGGACUGCUGCUUUUGGCAAGCUGGAAUGCCGUGUGUCGAACAACCGCCAACUCACUGUUGGGACGAAGCUGCUGGUAUAUGGGUCUAUGGUGCUGUCCGUUCUUCUAUACGACAGUGUAACCUGAACGCUUUAUCGGAAGUAUGACAGGUAUCUGCAGCGCUUCCAUCAGCAGUGUCAGCGUCUUAUUACGCGUAUCGGCUGGAGUGACCGAGUUGCGGACUCGGAGGUGCUCCGACGCUGUGGCACGUAUGCAGUGAACGGCAUAAUUCUGCUGAGGCACGUGAAGUAGCUCGGCAUAUUCGCCGCAUGGACUCAACCUGGAUUCCGAAACAGCUGCUUUAUGGCCAACUGCGUACAGGGAAGCGGCACGUGGGAAAACCGAAUUUACCUUAUCAGGACAUGAUCAAGGUGAGUUUAUCAGGUUCUACUGUUAAUUUCAGGUCUUGAGAAUCGAAGGCAGUUGACCGGCUUGCACAGCACUAUCUGAUCAUGAAGGCAGUUGCCGACGUGCAAGAGAAAACCCUCGUGCAUGCCGAGGAAAAUCGGCAGUUGUGGUAGCGACAAUCGGCCUUUUGGUGCACUCCAUCGACGUCGGGCGCAUGUUGUUGUAGCACAUGCGGUCGUGAGUGCCUAAGUCAGGCAGGCCUAGUGUGCCAUGAGCAAGGCCGCACGGGACCAGCAUCGAAACGAUGACGGGUGCUGCUGAGAACGUGGGCAGAACCAGCGCAGCGUUGACUUGGACUACAUCACCCCGAUGUUGCUGCCGAUGACUUUCGAGGCCUUGAUACACGAAGUGAUCGGAAUCAAUUUAGGCGUUGUUGAACUCCCCGAGUCUGUUUGUCCAGACAAAUCUAUGCGAAAGCAGUUACUUAGCAGUGACAAGCUCCAUUAUUAUAAAGAUGUGCGCGAUGUUCAUAUCUCCCAAGUCCACACUCUUCUGGCUGCUUGGAGCAAGAGCCUACAAAGCACACAGGCAGAACUGCAACAGUCAAGCAAUCUCGUGCUAAGCUCGCCAUCUUUUCCAGGAUCGCUGAGCGGCUCUUGCUCACUGAAACAAUUGAAUACGGAAUUUCGUCCUUUACUUGAAAAGCGAAGGGAACUUACUUUCCUUUCUCUGGUUCUCGAACAUAUCAUGGAAGUGAUGACUCGCCGUGAAAGAGUCGAGGAUCUCAGAGCCGCCCAGACCAUUUUGUUGCGUUCCGGCAGCGGGGGUCGCCUGGCUUCGGUUAGCAACAAAGACACUUCCAACAACGAAUCGGAUCAGUCUUCCAACAGCAUCACCACCUUAGCACCGGGCGCUGGUGGAUCAUGUGGAACUGAUGCUGAUUCACUCACUUCUAUGCCGGUCCGUCUAAUUAUUGAGUUGUUCAGUACCCACCACGGAGCGCGUCUACUCGAUGGGCUCCGUCUAGCUUCUCUGGCCUCUGUGACUCACGACGGUUUGGGAGAUGAGGUGUACUCCGCCGUGCAUAGCACAUUUCUUCAUGCGAUCGGUCAGGCUGCGUUCCCUAUGCUUUUCGCCUUCCGAUGUCUCCGAAUUUUAUCACCUUAUACUUCUGCUAAACAUUCACCCGACAGAGAGAGGCAUUCCGUCCAUAGUCUUUCUUCUGCAGUCUCUCGUCUCACUUUAUUGUCUCGACGAAAGUCCUUAUACAAUCGCCUUCAUCACCUCCUCCACCUGAGCCAUGCUGGUCAGACAAACAGGCGGUUCGAUCAAGGGCCAAUAUCUCCCACUUACGUUUUCUCUGGUGAACACUGCCCCAUCGUAGUACGCUUGGCUGAGUCAAUUUGGGCCACCUACGCGCAUUUCACCCGAGAUCCUGGCCAAUCAACUCGAUACUUAGACGGAUCCCAGUCAAAAAGCUGCAGCCCCGAUGACCCCGAACUUAUCAGUAGAGAAAAUAUUGUGCAAUCUCUAAAGCACCUUGGUAUGACAGCCGAUGCCGCUUCCAGACUUGGUUUGGUCAGCCUCUCUGAGGAAUCAUCCACGGGUUCAGACGUUGUGAAUGGACGCGGGUGUAACCGACAUCUUCCAAGAGAUUACAUUCCAUCGCGACCUGGUAAACAACCAGUAGUGGUUGUUUUUCCUGGCGGCUGUACCUACAGUGAGGUGGCCGCUCUUCGCUUUGCCGCCGCACGAAGACGUUGGCAAUUGUUGAUUGCAACUUCUUAUAUUCUUUCCUCGCGUAAUUUCCUGCAGUGCACCGGUCAAGAAGUUAUGAAAAUAAAUUGACUUUUGUCUUUUAGUUCACAUCCGUUUCUCUAGCCGUUCCACCUUUAAAACACCUGUCCUGACUCAAAAGCA